UCUCCAGUGAUCCAGUCCAUCAAUCUCCUUCCUCGGUUCCUCCAACGAACACAACACCCCAUCAACUAGCACUAGCAGAGGCAGAGCCGAGUAGCCGACAGGGGGUUUGAGAGCGUACAGCGGGGUCAAUCGAUCGAGCGCCAAGAAUGGCGGCGUCAGGGAGCGCUCAGAGCCGACGGUUCGCCGCAGCGUGCGGCGUUCUCAGCCGCUGCAUCAAGGCGGCGGACGCGCGGCCGGCGGCCACGGUGGUCCUCCCCCUCAUGCCCGGAGCGGAAGUGCCCGCGCAAGACGAGCACACGGUGGGUCCUGCGCCGGGGCACGCGCAGAUGACCAUCUUCUACGGCGGGCAGGUGCUGGUGCUGGACGAGGUCCUGGCCGACAGGGCGGCCGAGCUGCUCCGUGUCGCUGCCGCAGCAGGCGCCACGCGAGGGACUGGCGAGGCGGCAGAUGGCGACCUGCCCAUGGCGAGGAAGGCGUCGCUGCAGCGGUUCAUGGAGAAGCGCAAGGGAAGGGUCGCCGCGCGCGCAGUCCCCUGCAGCCGCCCCGACGGCGACGCGGCCUCCUGUAACCGUCUCACGCUUACCCUCUGAUUCGUGUUCAUGCGUACUAGUACUAGUAGAGUAGCCUGAGUAAAUUACGGUCCAUGUAAAUACGAGGCUGCUGUUGAAGUCCAAAUUGCUGACCCACUCGCCUGUUCCCGUCGCUCUAAAUUACCAUGAACAGAAAUUAUGGCUGUUGUAAUUUGGGAUACGGUCCAAGCAAAUGUGUGCCUACUGUUGGAGCCCAA